AUGUCUCUUCAAUUUUCUGUUACAACUCCAGUAUAAAUUCUUAAUAGUCCUGUAAAUAAUUCUCCAUCCAAGUUUCAGUUCUCUUUCUCAAAAUCUCCAAGAUUUUUAUCUCCUAAAAAACCAACAGAUUCAUUUUAUGAUUUGCCAAGUUAGAAAUCAACAAGAAGAGCUGGUUUUGGAGUUGGUUAACGUCCUGAUUUUACAAAAUCUUCAGUGUGUAGUCCACCUUCAAAAUAUGAUUUACCAAGCUAAUUUGAUAAAUAACGCAGUACAUCAAGAGGAAAAUCAUUUGGCACAGCAAGAGAUAAAAUGAGUGAAUUUGGCAUAGUCAAGAAGGGUCCUCUGUCUAAUCCAGGACCAGGCUCAUAUUAACACGGGAAUAUAAAUUUAAAUGAGAACCUAUCUUUUACGAUGAGACCAAAAACAAGAGAUGUUAAUUGUCCUCUCUUUUUAAAUGGAUAAAGUACUGUAUUAUAAAAUCCAGGACCUGGACAAUAUUAAAACUAUGAAAGUAUAAAUAAAAUGGGAAAAUUCUAAUUAGCGAAAUAUAGAUCUUCAGGAGCAACAACUUUCAAUCCUCCUAGAUCUAAAAGAUUUCCAAAAUCAGGAAAUAGUAAUCCUGGACCUGGCUAGUAUAAACCUAGAAAUGAUUUAGAAAAGAGUGGAUCAUAUGUUUUAUCUAUAUACAAAUCAUAUGGAUCUAGGAAUUUUUCAAAUGCUUCUCCCAGAUAAUCAUUUGUUGACUAAGCAUCAAAAAGCACUAUUUACAAACCUGGACCUGGAACUUAUCGUUUACCUUCUGAAUUUGGAAAUUAUGACCAUCUCGAUAUGUAUAGAACUUCUAGUGCUAGAUCCAGUAGAUCUACUUCAGUAAAAAAGAACCUAAAUUAAUCUAAUAACAAUUUAAGUCAGGUUGAUUUCUAUGCUUCAACAGCAAGCUCGAGAAGGUGA